GAGAGAGAGAGAGAGCAUGAGUUUCCAUUUUCAUCAAAGGUGUCUCUUUCCACCAAACCUCCUGCGGUUUGGAAUUGUUAUAAAAGCUGGGAACCCUAAUUUUUCCUUUUAUGGUCGAGCCAUGGAAGCUAAGUAGCGAAUUUUCCCUGAAAUGAAAUUGAGGAACACUGCAAAUAGACAAGCUUCUGCUCAGAUGAGAGAAUACGAUGGUGUAACAUACGUGGGUAUUGAUGAGGCAAUUCCUCCCACGGUUGAUAACUUCAAGAAGGUUUCUGUUUUACCUCUUGUUUUCCUGAUCUUUUAUGAGGUAUCUGGGGGCCCCUUUGGUGUUGAGGACAGUGUUCAGGCAGCUGGCCCCCUUCUAGCCCUUCUUGGGUUUCUGGUUUUCCCAUUCAUAUGGAGUGUUCCCGAGGCCCUAAUAACUGCCGAAAUGGGUACCAUGUUCCCGGAGAAUGGAGGAUAUGUUGUUUGGGUCUCAUCAGCUCUGGGACCAUAUUGGGGUUUUCAGCAAGGUUGGAUGAAAUGGCUAAGUGGUGUCAUUGAUAAUGCACUGUACCCAGUUCUGUUUCUGGAUUAUCUGAAAUCAGCAUUCCCAGCUUUAGGUGGUGGUUUACCAAGGAUAGUGGCCGUGUUAUUAUUGACUGUGGCACUCACUUACAUGAACUACAGGGGUUUGACGAUUGUCGGAUGGGUUGCCGUGCUCUUAGGGGUGUUCUCAAUUCUCCCUUUUGUGGUUAUGGGACUUGUUGCAAUCCCAAAACUGGAGCCCUCGAGAUGGUUAGUCGUAAACCUGCAUAAGGUUGAUUGGGGUUUGUACCUUAACACUCUCUUCUGGAAUCUGAACUAUUGGGACUCGAUUAGUACUCUGGCUGGAGAGGUGGACAACCCAAAGAAAACUCUCCCUAAGGCUCUCUUUUAUGCUUUGAUCUUGGUUGUUCUUGGAUAUUUUUUCCCUCUUUUGAUUGGUACUGGAGCUGUUCCUCUGAACCGUGAUUUGUGGACAGAUGGUUAUUUCUCGGACAUUGCUAAAAUUUUAGGUGGAGUAUGGUUGAGAUGGUGGAUUCAAGGAGCUUCUGCAUUGUCUAAUAUGGGUAUGUUCGUGGCUGAGAUGAGCAGUGACUCUUUCCAACUUCUGGGGAUGGCAGAACGGGGGAUGCUUCCUGGGUUCUUUAGCAAGAGGUCUCGUUAUGGAACCCCUUUGAUUGGAAUAUUGUUUUCGGCCUCAGGGGUAGUUUUGUUGUCAUGGCUGAGCUUUCAAGAGAUUGUAGCUGCAGAGAACUUCUUGUACUGUUUUGGAAUGAUUUUGGAGUUUAUAGCAUUUGUAAAGUUAAGGAUGAACUACCCAGCUGCCUCAAGGCCAUUUAAGAUUCCAGUGGGGACAGUUGGAGCCAUUUUGAUGUGUAUUCCUCCAACUGCAUUGAUCUGUGUGGUUUUAGCUCUUGCUUCUCUGAAGGUUAUGGCAGUAAGUUUUGCAGCUGUGCUGAUUGGUCUUGUUAUGCAGCCUGGUCUCAAGUACAUUGAGAAAAAGAAAUUGGUCAAGUUCUCUGUAAGUUCUGACCUUCCAGAACUUCAUCCAAAUCAUGAGAGUACUGAAUCCUUAAUGGAUUGAUCAAAUGUUUAAAUUUGACGUGCAAUGAUUAUCCCUGAAUAUGGUGCAAACCA